CUAAACUCGGGAAACUGAUUUCUUCAAAGUGGUUGGUGCAGAUUUGCUGCUCUGUGUAACGUAGAAGUUUGGCCUAGAUACUUAUACUUUCUCUUUCAGUUCGAGAGAUAAUAUUCCGGUGGUUUUAGCACAUUUGGUUCGCUGCUCUGCGGUGACAGUGGGAACAAUCAGCCUCGACGUGGACGUGGUCAGUUGGCGUGUCCCGACUUGGAGUGACGGCUGUGCACUCCUAUGAUUCCUCCUAAACAUUUUUGCACUGGCCCCUUUUCUUACAAACUAUAUCGCUAACUUUAGUUAAAUCGUGACCUACUUACACCUUCGUUGGGACUUGAAGACAGCCGGAGGUCCAAGAUGUCGGUAGCGGGCUUCAAGAAGCAGUUUUAUAAAGCCAGCCAGAUGGUAAGUGAGAAAGUUGGAGGUGCUGAAGGAACCAAACUCGAUGAUGACUUCAGAGACUUGGAACGGAAAGUAGAUGUGACCAGUAAAGCGGUAGUGGAGGUAAUCUCCAAAACAUCAGAGUACCUUCAGCCCAACCCAGCAUCACGGGCCAAACUGUCCAUGUUGAACACCAUGUCUAAGAUCCGGGGUCAGGUGAAGAAUCCAGGCUACCCUCAGGCCGAGGGGCUGCUCGGGGAAUGUAUGGGCAAGUAUGGACGGGACCUCGGAGAGGAGACUAACUUUGGCGGUGCGCUGGUUGAUUGUGGAGAGGCCAUGAAGAGAUUGGCAGAAGUCAAAGACUCUCUAGAUAUCGAUGUCAAACAGAACUUCAUUGAUCCAUUGCAAGGGCUCUGUGACAAGGACCUCAGAGAGAUCCAGCAUCACCUGAAGAAGCUGGAAGGCCGGCGCUUGGAUUACGAUUAUAAGAAAAAGCGUCAGGGCAAGAUCCCAGAUGAGGAGGUUCGACAGGCCCUGGAGAAGUUUCACGAGUCAAAGGAAGUGGCUGAGACGAGCAUGUACAACCUGCUGGAGACUGACAUAGAGCAGGUGAGCCAGCUCUCCUCCCUGGUGGAGUCCCAGCUGCAGUACCACAGACAGGCUGUGCAGGUGCUGGAGGAGCUGAAUGACAAACUCCGAGACAGGAUGAACGAUGCUCAGUCUCGACCAAGACGUGAAUACACACCUAAACCCAAACCUAUCUUUGACUUUGGAGAUGACAACCAUUCAAACGGCGGCUACUCAACCUCGAUGGCCCCUCCACCUUCACGCAACUCAGCCCCGGAGCAGCCGAGCUGUAAGGCGCUGUAUGACUUUGAGCCGGAGAACGAGGGAGAACUGGGCUUCCGCGAGGGCGAUAUCAUCACCCUGACCAAUCAGAUCGACGAGAACUGGUAUGAGGGCAUGCUGAACAGCCAGUCGGGAUUCUUCCCUCUCAACUAUGUUGAGGUCCUUGUUCCGUUGCCACACUAAUAUAAAAACAGCAAGAGGGCCAAGGAGGAUACUGAUGGAGGAGGAGGAGAAGGAGGAGGAGGAGAGAGUAAGUAGAAUUGGUAGAGAGGGAGGAAAGCAAAGCCAAGGGAUGGUCCGCAGAAUAUUCAUUUUCACCUUCAGCUCCAACAUCACCAUCACAGACGAGCACUUUUUGUCAUCUGGAGUUUGUGGAGAAGAUUUCAAAGUCCAGACCAGAAUAUCAACCUGUUCCACCCAAAGGUAAAAUGAUCUAAGAUGGACACAAAACGUCAGAAACAUUUCCUGAGGACUAACUGAUGACACAUUUAUAAGCAAUAUUUUUUUCUUUAACAACAAAUUACUGAUAUCGUAAAGAUUAUUUGUAUUAAAUUUAGUGAAUAUGAUGGGGUGAAACAUAUCCUUUUUGUGUGACUGCAGUCUGUUUAAAACUCAGGUUGCUCACCUACAUAACAGUCGGUUUGCAGACUGAAGAGGCCAACUCAGACCUCACAGUACAGUAAACAUGGUGGAACUUGACUGAAAAUUAUCCUCAUUUCAAAACUGAAAACUUUGUUUAUGCCCCAUAAGAACUGGAGCUCAUGUCUUGAUGCCACCUGCUGGCGAGACUGAGAAUGACUUCCACCUGAAAUAAAAUGGAACCACAUGACAUAAAAAUGUAGUUUGAAACAGAAAAAAUACACACUUUUAAUAGAAAACAAGACAAAAUUAGCCUCAUAUUUGUGAUUUAGAAACAUUUUCAGGUUUGGGCCUAUUUAUAAUGCUCUUUUUAAAGAUCUUUUCCUGAGCUGUGUUUUGGUUAUAGCUUCAGAAGACAACAGGCCUGGCACAGUGGUGUCCUUUUAUUGUCUCAGUAUUUGAUUUAUGUUCGUCUCAAGUAGUUUUCGAAGUAGAACUGGAUAUGUGAGAAAAUGUAAUUGCACCUUGGUCCUCAAAUGAGAUUGAUGUGUGUGUGACAGACUUACUCCACCAUUACACACACAGACCCAAAGUUCAAUGCAGACGUUGCACCUUUUUGUCACUCGAGGCAGGCGUGUGUUUGUCGUCUAUAGAUGCAGAUUGAUUGGUUAUUUAGUGGUUGUUUGCUAGUCUUUUCAAUAGAGGAGACAGAGCCAAAAAGUCUUUAUAUAAUGCAAUAGAAACACAUUGCUUGGAGCGCCUGUUUGUUAAACUGCUAAAUAUUCUGUAACAUAGCCAUAUAGUCAUUUAGUUUUGGGCCUGUCUGUCUUAGCAUGUUCGGUUUUACCUUUUUAUUCAAUCUUUUGAGCCGUUUUAGGUGCCUGUUAACUCCAUGCAGUGCCUGAAAAGACGACGCUGCUGGCAGCCACUCAGUCUUUCAUAUUCAUCACUAAGUGUCCCACUAUUUCUGUCUGCCCUCGUGUCUCUAAAAAUGUGAAACUCAUCUGUGCUUUGAAACUUAUUCUGGCCCUGUGAUGCUGAUUAUUAAUAAUGGCUCCGAUUCAAUUUAUUCGUUAGUAGGUUGGGCUGAUGUAGACAGGUGUCGCUCCUGUUUAGUUAAUCUAUUUAGACAAGGCUGGUUUCUUGUUCUGGAGUUAGCCAAAGUCCACACCUGCAGAUGGAGUCUAAUCCAACAUACACUGUACAGUAUGAGGGAAAGACCUGGAGUGAAAGGGAAAACACCGAGGGAAAAAUAACUGUAAACUGUUGUCAGUUUGACUAAUUUGGAGAACUUUUGUUACCAAACGUGAAUCCUUACCAAACGUGUAUCAUCAGUCCAGCUGAUCUUGAAUUGUCGGGGAGGGAAAAAAAUGUUAUUGUGAAAAUGAAAAUGAAAAAAUGUGUAAUCUUUCACCAUUUGCAGUAGAGCUGCAACUAAUGAUGAUUUCCAUUAUUGACUAAUCUGCCGAUUAUUAUGUUGAUGACUUGUUUGGUCUAUGAAAUGUCAGAAAAAGGUGAAAAAUGUCCAUCCCAAUUUUUUUUUAAAAUUUGAACGUGAUGUCUUUUAAAUAUCUUGUUUGGUCAGUUCAAAACCCAAAGAUUCAGUUUAAUAUGAUAAAAUGGAGAAAAACAGGAAAUGUUUGAGAGACUGAAAACGGCAGUUUCUACCUUUUUUGCAUGAAAAAUUACUGAAAUGAUUAAUCGACUAUCAGAAGAGACUAUUUUCUGUCGAUUAACUGUUAGAGAUCUACUUUGCAGUGCAUUUCUGCUACAUUUCCCCUUUAAUAAUAAUCUGCUUAAAUCACUCCAUGUUGCCAAACACUUCACCCGUUCAGGAGUUUGUCUAAUAUGUUUACAUCUCUGAUCUUACUACAUUUCAAUGCUUGUACUGAGUUCAGGGCAAAGUUAAAGGACUGUAGGAGGUGCUGUCUGGAUCACACUGUUAAAAAAAAAAAAAAAAGUCCUUGCUUGCUUUGUUUGUUUUAGUGCCUUUGGAAAAGAAAGGAGGGAAAGUACCGCAACUAAUACAGCAACCAAAACCUAACCUCGCUACUUAAGGAUAUGGUCAAGAAUUUCUUUUCUACUUUUGGUUUUUAUUUCUAGCCGUUGGCACUUUUCCUGUGUAAAGAUAAAAUGCAUGUGUGCACCUUUCUGCACGGUUCUGACACUACAGGCAGUUUCCUGGCCAUUGAGACUAAUAUGAGGUUCAUCAGCAGACCACCAGCGGAAACUGUUUUUUUUUUUUUUUUUAAAUGUCGAUUUUAAUCCAUGUUUGAACAAAAAAUGUCCCACUGAUUUCUUUUUUUAAAGGGCUAUGUAUUUGUUUAAUCAGUCUUAAAUGCUCUUUUGAACAGCAUUAAAUCAUUCUGGCUCUCUAUAGUAUUAUUUUUAUAUACAAGACCUUUAAAACAUUUAAAUUAAUCUUUGCAUGUAGUCCUAUAUUACACCUUGUAAAUGUCUGUCUUUAGAUUUUAGUUGCCUUUUUACUUUUGGUAUGAGUACAGAAUUUAACCGCAAUAUUUUGUCUUGUAUUAUCAAAGUAUGUGUAUGUGCUUCUUUCUUGUCCCGACUCCCAUCUUACAAUAAAAUAAAAAGUAAAAAUGUUA